GCAAGCUGUGACGUUCGUUGUGUACGUCCUUCGCUCCAGAGUGAAUCAGUGCAUGGAGGAAUAAAUUAUUCCUCCAUGAUCAGUGCAGGGUGCGUGGUAUAAAUGCAGUUCAUUCAGUACUGUUCGACCCUUACCAUCAGUGCUGUACAACCACAACUGACGCCAUGAAAACUGCCACCAUCUUCAAGUAUGUGUUCCUUUACGGACUAGCACUAUUUGAAACAUUUUGCUUCUUACGUUACAUUUCUUCUGAUCAUGAGCGAAGUUUACUUAACACAAAGAGUAUACAUACGAAAGAUAGCAGAGAAAUACAAACAGAGCUCGUCAACCUGCAAGCUACCUCCACGCUGCAAGCUACCUCCACGCUGCAAGCAAGUAGUAGUCGGAACGUUACUGGAAACGUCACAACUUCACCGACGGCGGAACCUGCACAAUUAACUACUGUGUCUGGACAACCAGUCGUCAAUCCUCAUCGUUUUAAGUUUACAAUGCACAACCAAGAUGCCUGCUUCAACAGGAGCAACUCAAACGGAGAACUAUUCUUGGUUUUGCUCGUCAAAUGUGCGCCGUUCGAGAAGUUGGACCGAGAGCAAAUCCGGAAAACUUGGGGAGGUGUGAAGGAGGUGUUCGGUAGACGGGUCCUGACGAUGUUUCUUCUAGGGGAGUCAACGGACCCCAUCAUUCGGAAACAAAUUCAAGAGGAAAACCGUGAAUUUCAUGAUCUUAUCCAAGAAGACUUCAUCGAUGUUUACGUAAAUCUGACUUACAAGAACAUGAUGGGACUGAAAUGGAUAUCGAUGUACUGCCCUCAAACCAGCUUUGUAUUCAGUGUAGAUGCUGACAUGAUGAUUAACAUUGUUACACUGGUAAGACGGUUGUCCAAAAUGCCAAAGACUGAUUUUGCAGAAGGCCAUCUUAGGACAAAUGUCAUCGUAGAAAGAGGGAAAAAAUCCAAGUGGUACAUUCCAAAGGAGGUUUACGCUCCUAAAAGGUAUCCACCUUUUCUUAAUGGCGCUUGCUACGCAAUGUCUCGAGAUGUAGCUGUACGUGUCUUCGACAAGUCCAAGUAUGUACCGUUCCUUCGUCUCGAUGAUGCAUUUGUAGGAAUAAUUAUGAGCAAAAUCGGCGUCAUUCCGAUGCUUUCUCCGAUGUACGAGCAGUAUUCUGGGAAGUACGCGGAGGCGAUGGAAAAGGGUAUUGGAGUUGGAAUACUUCACAACAGACAUCGCCUCAAUGAUACAAUGUUGAGCCUUUGGCAUAAACUAGUUGGAUCACAAAUUGAGCAGAUAAACAAAACCUCGCAAUAGUAAUAGUUAUAAUUAUGUUAAAGGAACAUUACCGAUUUUUGUAUUGCUAUCAAAAUAGUUGCAGUGUAAGCACUUUAUGAAAUCUACCGUAUACAUAAUCUGACAAACCUGGAGAAGUUUGAGAUCGAUCAGCCAUCUGGAUCUCUGGAAAUUAAUGGGGAAGUAUUACACAUUAUUAUUGCAUGACUUCGAUUAAUAAAAAUGGUGUAAAAGCUCACUGAGCGAUAAACUCCAACUGGGAAUUAGUUUUAUU